AUGAAUAAUUUUCUUAAACUACUAAAUAUUUAUAUAUUUAUUUUUUUAAUUAUUCCCUCAAUAUUAUGUGAUAUUAGUCCCUGUCUUAAGGAGUGUAUAAAACCAAUAGAAAAGAUUAAGAAAGAUUUUUCAUAUUUAAUGAAAAAUUAUGAAAAAAAUUGUAAUAUAUUGGAGGAACAAGCCAAACGAUCAAAAAAAUGUGAUUUAAGUGAUCAAAAAACUUUUUAUACAGCUACAAGCUUUUAUCGCCUUUAUUGUGUUGAUUUUGAAGAAGAAAUUGAAGAAAAUAUGGAAUGUUUAAAAACUGCUGCUCCCAAAGCUGACUUGAUAUGUAAAGAAAAAUGUAGUGAUAUUGUUAAACUUCCAAAAAAUAAAAAAGUUGAUAAGGAAAAAGUAUUGUGUAAACAAAUAGAGUGUUCUAAUAUUUGUUAUUUUAAAGAACUUUCAACCUCCUGUCCUGAUGUCAAAGAUACAUUAUUGAAGAUAAACCUUCGCCAAGCAGAAGAAAUGUAUUCAUCAACAAAAAAAGAUGUUCUACUAAAUUUACCAGUUGAAUGUCAAAAUUUACAUGAUAGUCGUUAUAUCAAAAACAAACUUUUAUCAUAG